AUGUCGUCAUCAGUAAGCCAAUUCAUCUCUGCGAUACCAGAAUCUGCUGCAAUCACAACAGCCACAUCAGCUAGUCCCAAUACCAAAUCGAAUCACAUUUAUCAAAUGUGGAAUGGCUUAGAAAAUGAUUUGACCACGAACAUACCAUUAAACCAAGAACGAAUUCAUGACAGUUUAUGUAGUGUUAAUGAUCUGUUAAUACACUUGUUGCAACCUAUUGGGCUAUGGACCAUAAGUUGUAUCAAUUUUGAUAGAUAUUAUGCUAUCUGCUCACCACUACAUUAUAACAACCUUUUUACGACAAAAAAGGUUACAAUUUUUUUAUGUAGCGGAUGGCUAAUAAUUAUCUUUACGAUUUCUCCAAUUUACCUGAUGCUAAUGAUAUCUGGCGAUCGUCAUGUCAUGGCUGUUUGCUGGUUUCGAAGAAUCGAUAUGCGUGCUGAGUGGGUGAAGAGUUUUGAUAAAGAUUUUUAUUGGUUUGAGGUGCAGAUUCUACUGACAACAUUAUUGACAAUAUUUUUGCCAAUCUCAUUGAUUGUAGCUUGUAAUAUUCGGGUUCUCACAAUAGCGAAUUAUCAACGCCAUCGCAUAGCCAGUGCUAUUUAUGAAUCUGUCUUAUCUGCUCAAGUUGCGAUUACGCAUCAGAAAAAUCCAUUUCCACCAAUUCCGAAUUUAUUCAAUCAGCCUUUCCCAUUAACAGUUCUUUACCCACCAAAACCAAAUCCAUUUGAAAUCAGGAGAAAUAGUCAGAAGGCUGCACUUGUUGUUAUGGAGUUGGUUGUGUCAGCUAUCAUUCUUUAUUGUCCAUACUAUCUCUUCGUAAUCAUCUUCAGUUUUCAACGUAAAAAUCAACGCUUUGCAACCAUAACAAAAGAGAGUGAAUCAACAGAGUUCAUGCUGAAUCUCAUCGUGUUUUGUGUCGAGUUUCUUCUUCUCUGUUCACCGACAAUAAAUGCGUUUCUUUACGGGUUUAAGAACAAAACCAUUCAAGAAAGUAUUCAACAUAUCUGGCGUAAGCGAAAGACCAAAAUCGAGCUUCAUUAUGAAAUUCAGGCACGCACACCGAGCACUUGUGGUUCUAGAAAAGCAAGUUUAACAGAGCUGACUUCUAAUAUUCCACAAAUGUAUCAGCCUCAACUCAAAAGACAAUUAUCAGAUUUCUUUUUUGGCACAUCAACUUCCCUAACAUCACAUUUCAAUGAUGACGUGGCGUUUUUAAAUUCACACAAAAUUCAUCGAACACCAUCUGACUCAUUAUUUAACACAACUAAGGGCCGGAGAUGUUCGCAAGAUUUUCAUCAUGAAUAUUUAUCGCCUAAUUUUGAUCCGCUUGGGAAAAUAACAAUCCCUUCGCCUUCUCCAUCGACUUCACCCUCAUCGCAUUUUCGCAAUGGAUUAUCUCCAAGCACAAGUUGCAACGGAAGAAGAAUUGGCAGAAAAAGAGCCACUUCUCACCGUACAAACCCGUUCAUUGGAUAA